AUGCAUCUCUCUUCUUUCAUUCUCCUACCAGCUCUAGCUGCAGCACAGGAGCAGGUACCCUUUGCCGAGCGCAUCCAGGGCUGGUUCAACCAGGCAAAGGAGCUGCUGCCAACCGCAAAGAUCCCCCAGGUCACCACGCCCGUUACCCCCCCUACUCCUCCCAAGGCAGCAGUCGUAAGGCCAAAGACCGUCACUCAGUUCAAUCCAGAAAACUGGAAGGAUAUACUUGCGCCCAAGCCAACCCCGCAGGAAUGGCUGAUCUACGUCACCGGAGGAAAUAAGACUUGCUUCGGACAAUGCGGACAAGCAAACCGCGCCUGGAAGGAAGCACAAAAUCUUUUUGCUACCUCUGAAUCUCCAAACCUUGGCCGCCUCAAUUGUGAAACCCAAGGUCUUCUCUGUGCCAUCUGGUCCGUCAGCCCGCCUACACUAUGGCAUAUCCAAGUCCCUAGUGCUCCAUUAACGGGCGAGGAGAAGCCAUCUACGUCCAUCCACCCUGUGCGCCUAAAUGCAACCACCGUUACCGCAGAUGAAAUCUACAAGGUACACUCUGAGAAACUAUGGGAGAAAGAGCCUGAGCUCCAGACUAUGUUCCAUCCAUUCAAUGGAUUGGCCGCUGAGUACCGUAUCAAUGAGCUCGUUGGCUAUAUCAUCUACUGUUUAGGCAUGAUUCCUAGCUGGGCCAUGAUGGUCGGUAUCAGUUUCAUCAGCAGAACCAUGAUGAGCCGCCGAAUUGGCCGUCAAGGUCCAAAUGCCCCGGGCGGUGCUGCCCCUGCUCCCGCCCGAUAA